GUGUGGAUGUGUUUUAGCUCGAGAGAUGCAGAAGGUUGAGGAGGUAAAUAAAAAGAGAAAAUGACUUAUAAAGAACAUACACGGACAUUCUGAGUACAGGCGACUGGGAAAAACGUGUUAAAAUUGUAUUAAUCGCGUUUUCUGCCGUGGAUAAACCCGUACCAUGAACAGUGAGCGGUUUAUCUGUGCGGUUGCCCUUGGAAACCGGAGACGCCUCAUCAGAUUUAGCUAGCGUUAGCAUUAGUUAGCAUCAUCUCACAAAUCUCGCACUGCUUCUGGAGAUCGAAUUGAAAAUGGCAACCAAAGCCAAGGGAAAGUUGUCAAGUUUAUUUGAUGGUGACGAUUUACUUAGUGAUUUACUGGAUGAUAAUAAACAACCAGCCAAAAUGAACUCAAAUCGCAGUUUACCCUCAAAUCGCUCGUCUGCGCCUGAUAACAUAUUUAGUAUGCUUGCAGGGGAGGUAAAGCAGGAUGGUGCGGACAGUGAGAAUUCCGAAGAUGUUUCUGAAGCAGAUCCUAAUGAAAUCCUGAAAGACAUGAAGGACAUUGAUGACAUGGAUGCUGAUCUGUUUGUGCUAAAGAAAAAGCCAAGUUCUGCUCCUGCAAAGUCACCUGGUAAAGAUGGUAAAGACAGGACAAAGAAAAGUGCCACUACACUAGAAGACAAUGGCAAACCAGAGGGAGAAGAUGCAUCCUCCAUCGAUCAGAAAAAGCCAAACUCUGCACCAUCUUCUGGUCGAAACUAUAAAAACUUUACCUUUUCUGAUGAAGAUCACCUGUUUGACGACUUUCCUCCUGAAGAACCAAAACUGAAACCCACGGCUACGGAAAAGUCUGUGCCAACUUCUCCUGUCUCGCCAAUCCUCAAAAAUAAGGCUCAAGCCCCAACCAAGAAACUCUUGGACCUAACGUUUGACGACAAGGAUGAUUUUAUGGACACUCUGGGAUUUGACAUUGAUCAAAGUGCGGCUAAGAAAAAGGAUGCUAAGUUAUGGGACAACAAGGAAAGGUCUGACCAGCCUCAGAGAGUUCGCACUAAACUAGAUGACAUCCUGCAGAGCUUGACUUCACCUCAUCUUCUGGAACGUCCCCCUACAGGUGAAAAGAAGGAACAGCAACAGGACAAAAGCUCUACUCUCAAAGAGAAACCAGUUGACAACUUGACAUUUGGAUCCUAUCAGCCCACUCUUGUGUCCACGCCGGAGGGCCGCCAGUCCCGCAGACAGUCUGUCAGGUUUUCUACUGAAGACGUCUCCACUUUAGACAAGAAAUCCAAGCCUACCACUCCGACCAGACAGCGCGCGUCUGCAGACUGGCUCGGGCUCAAAGCAAACGAUGACCUCACACAAGACCUCAGUGACCAGAGACCAGACUCUGAAAAGGCGUCUUCAAACCCACCUGCAGCAGCUCCAUCAGAGAGAAGAGUGUCCUUAACCGGCCCCACCUCAGCUCCAGUCAAAUCGAUGGUAGAAACACAAUCACCAUCUGAUAAUGAAGCUGUCAAACCAUCUAAAGCGGAGGCCCCUGUGAGCAAGAAGGAAAAUGAGGAAGAGGAGGAUUGGCUAUCCGGAGCGCUAAGUAGGAAGAGAGCGAUAUCUGGGUCCAGACAAGAAGUGAAAACGCAAAUUAUAAAACAGGAUGAUAUGAUGGAAGUUACACAGAAGGCAGAUGAGGAAGCAAAUAUAAGUAAACAAGUGACUUCACACACUCCCAGGAUGAGAGACGACUCGGCUCUAUCUGUCAGGGAACUCAGUAGAACUUUUCCCGGCGAGCCAGGCCCCGCAGCUCACUCUACUCCAAUUAGAGAAGACACAACAAAGCACGGAGACAGAACAAUAAAAGAUUUCCAAACCUCACCAGCUCCUGUCCAACCGCAGAUCACACUUUCAGCUGACAAUCUGCAGAUGCUACUACAACAACAUCAACAACAACAACAACAGAUGGUGCAGCCUCCUCUGCUCGGCCUGGGCAGUCACAUGUCCUCAGGUGUUCUGCCCUUUGUGGAUCCUCAGUCUUUCCAGGCCCGUGUGGUUCAGCUGGAGGGACAGGUGAAGACUCUGCAGAUGGAGCUGGACCAGAGCCAACUGUUACUGCAGAAUCUUCAGCUCAGACAUAAACAGGAUAUGGACCUCAUGGAGAACGCACACAAGGCCCGUGUGAAGCUGCUGGAGGAGUCUGCCGCUCAGAGGGAAACUCGGCUGAGGCAGGAGUGCGAGGAUCUGAUGGAGAGACUGGCUGCGCUGACUCGUUCCACCGAGCAGGAGCGCUCCGAGCUGCAGGCACAGUACCAGCGCAAACUGGCCCAAGCACAGCAAGAGAGAGACCGCGAGGUGGAGAGGCUGAGAGAACUGCAGAGGAAAUCAAUCUUGGAGAUGAAAAAGGACCAUGAAGAUCAGAUUCACCGACUGAAGAAGCUAAAGGAUGAAGAGAUUGAUGCAGUGACAAGUGCAACUUCUCAGACCAGGUCUCUGAGUGCGGUGAUCGAGCAGAUGGAGCAGUUCUCGUCUCGUCUGGGGGAGCUCUCGUGUCGGGUGGAGAGCACACAUGAGAACACGGCUCAAGGCCUGGAGCAGGGGGCACGGCACAGGGAUGAGCAGCUCAGAAUUCUGCAGGACCGCCUGGCUCAGCAGCAGAAAGCCAUGUCUGAGGAGAAGGCUUACCUCAAAGAAAUCAUUUCCAGGAUGGACACUCAGAUCAGUGAACAGCAGAGGCAGCUCGAGAAGGAGCGUUGGAAAGUGACAUCGGAGCAGGCAAAAGCCGAGUCAACACAAAGGGCCCUUGAAGACGAGCGGCGUUCCCUCAGCAUGCAGAUGAAUAUGGAGCGAGAGGAGCUGGAGAGAGCGAAGAGUGCGCUGUUGGAGGAGCAGAAGUCGGUGAUGCAGCACUGUGCUGAGGAGAGGAGAAGACUGGCAGCCGAGUGGGCCAGUUUCCACGCUCAGGAGAAGCAGAGACAUGACAGGGCCCAGAGUGAAGUGAACAGUCUGCUGGAGAGGAGGGAGGGCUCCAUCAUCAGUAUGGCUCAGGAGCAAGCUGACCUGAAGCUCCACACGGCAGAGUUAAAACAAAAGGAGCUCGCCGUGGCCCAGGAGAGAGAGAAUGUGGACAGACUGAGAGAGGAGCUGGAGAGAGAGAAGGAACGGAUCAGUGCCACAGCUCUGAGACUCAAGACAAGAGCUCAGGAGGUGGAGGCUUUCAGCAAGCUGGCUGCUGACAAAUUUGAAGAAGGGGAGCGGGCGUUACACAAAGCCAAAGCGGUGGAGGCCGAGCACGAGGCGAGACUGCGACAUAUCCACGCUCAAACAGAGAAACUGAGACAGCAAGAACAGAGAAUCCUCCAGGAAAGAAUGCAACAAACCACUUUACAAAAGGAGCAGUCAAGACAGGCCAUCCCCACCUUUCUCUCCAUGCCUCCAGUUUUAGCACCACUGCCACCAGACUUGAUGCCAGUAGUGCCAAGCUCAAAGCUCAAUUCAGCCUUGAAUAUUCUGCCAAACACAGAUGCCAACUCCCAGUCAAUGGCUUUCCAGGCUAGUUUGGCUCUGUGGAAGUACACUGCUGAAAAGGACCGUGAAUAUCUUGAGGAUGAGAAAGCUUUUCUAGAGAAUUUAAAGAAGAAAUCUUACAACUCAAACUUCAUAGAUUGACACAGAUGUGACUUUUAAAUUUAUAUUUUUAAUAAGAUUUGUAUACCACAUAGAGAACUUUGUACAAAAAAUAAAUGUUAAUAACUUG